AUAUAUACAUAUAUAUAUUUAAAAAAAAAGAAAAAAAAAGCGCCGCAGGCGAAAAUUUGGAAUAAAAAAUCGCGCGAUUUUUAAUUCCAAAUUUUCCCUAUAUUAUGAAUAUAUGAUAUAUAUAUAUACAUAUAUAUAUUUAAAAAAAAAGAAAAAAAAGCGCCGCAGGCGAAAAUUUGGAAUAAAAAAUCGCGCGAUUUUUAAUUCCAAAUUUUCCCUAUAUUAUGAAUAUAUUAUAUAUAUUCUUUUUUAUAUAUUAAAUAUCUAUAUAUAAAAAAGAAUAAUUAAAACAUUUUGCGUAAAACUUUUUUCUGCGUAGGCGGCCUACGGCCGCACUUCAAAAAAAUAACCCUUAAUAGUGCAACACCGUCUCCGCUGCACAUAGGAGUUUUACGUGAAGCGGAACUGUAUUUCGAAAAUCAUAUCGAUAUUGUAUUUAUAUAUAUUUAUGAACUCAAUAUAUACACCUUAGAGGUUGUAAACCCCCAUUCCUUCAUUAUUCUAACAGAAAAGAGUGUGUGGAAAUUAUGUUCCUAUGUUGCUUCGUUUUCAAUCGCAUUCUAUUAUUUUUUUUUUAUUUUUUGCUUCUGGCAGCACUCCAUUCAGCCAUGCUUUUCAGUUAUUGUAAAUUUAGCUGGCAUAUUUGGAGUUAGCAAUUUAAAAAUGCAAUAUAAAUGGUUAAUUUGUGGUAUAAAUAAAUAAAAAGAGUUAAAAACGUGUGUGUAUGUUAAUAUAGUUUCAAUAUUUAUUAAAAUAAAUGUGAUAAAUGCACUUAUUCUAUCAAAAUUUGGUGAAGGUUUCGUCCGGCAAUAACAUAAAACAACAUACAUAAAUGUGGGACUUAUAAUGCCAGUGUUCAAUGUUUAGCUGCUCCACAUAUCAAUAAGUAAUAUUUCAACUUUAAUACAUUAUAAGGGGUUUCCUUAUUAAAGACCCAAGGAUGUGCUCGGUAUCACCAAAUUUAAUACCAAUGGAACAAAAGCAAGAAAUUUCGUUACCAGAAAAACUUACAAUUCACCAACAACAUCAUCAACAGUACGCUUUGAAGUGGAGCGAUUUUCAUUCAUCUAUUCUUAACUGCUUUCAACGCUUGCGAGAUGAAGAAGACUUUGUGGAUGUUACUUUGUCUUGUGAUCAGCGAUCUUUUAAUGCUCAUAGAGUAGUACUUAGUGCCUGCAGUCCUUACUUCCGGAAGCUAUUGAAAUCAAAUCCAUGCAAACAUCCGAUUGUAAUUUUACGAGAUGUUCACUCUGAGAACAUGGAAUGUCUGUUAAGUUUCAUGUACAAUGGUGAGGUAAAUGUAAGGCAUGAUCAACUACCCGAUUUUUUGAAAACUGCGCAUUUGUUGCAAAUUCGAGGCUUAACCGACGUUUCUGAAAGCUGGCAUUCUUCUGGAUUUAUUUCUUCAGAAAAAAAACCCAUUGAUACUUCCUUAGAUACUAAAUGUAAGCGUGAUUUCGAUAAAGACAUUUGUGAAGUAAACUCUGCUGAGAAAUGCAGUUUUUUUCCAAAUUCAAAGCCAACUUCCGAACGUCCAAUUGCGUCCACAAUGGUGACCAACUACAGUAGCAGUACAAGCAAUAAUACACCACUUAUGAAGGAAUCAAAAACAUCUGCCACAGCAUGCCUUCAAUGGGAUAACACCGAUGUGAUUCGGAGUCGUAAAAACCAUUUAACGCCACCACCUCAAAAACGUAUAAAAAGUGCAGACUUGUUUCGUGCCCAACAUGGCAUUGGUUCGGAACGUGCUCUGUCUGAAAGAGAGUUUCCUGCGAUUGUACAACAUUCAUUUACUCGCGAUCGAAAGCAUUUCAUAAGUGACUGCGAUCAAAGUAUAGGAACUAAUGAAAAUAACAUGGAACCAUCAAUGAACGAAGAAAAAACUCUACAAAAUCAACAUAUAGAUAUCGAAUCGAUGGGUGAUGAAAGCGCCGACGAUAAGUCUAACAGCAGCGACGAGGAGACUUUAGAGCGGAUAGAUAGACAUCCUGAGAUUAAUGACUCAAUGGACCCUCCACGCCCUGCGACGCAUAAUACGUUUCUACGAGUUCCAAAAACUUUAGAGCAACAUCCUAUUUUAAAUUUAAACGAUUUUGCGCAUCCUGGUGAAAUAUCGAGCAAACUUAAGACUUCACAUCCGUAUUCAACAAUUCUCUGCAACAGUUUCUGGAAUACGAAAUAUGAAGACAUACCUGGAAAAGAAAACGGCUAUAGUAGCAGUUCUGGUGAUCAAAACAAUUUAUCUAUAGAUAGUUUUGUGGCAAAAUCGACAGCAUUGUCAUUAAUGGUAAAAACUGCACGUUUAAAAAAUAAACCAACUAUUUUUCAAGAGAUGGUUAUUAAGGAAGAACAUCAACAGCAUCGUCACAAUAGUCAACUUGAACAUAAUGACCCAAAACCACGUUACCCUCGAUUUCAUCAAGAAGAGCAACAGCAAUAUAACAAUCGCUAUGAAAAACAGUUACCGUUAUAUGAAUAUCUUUGCGGACUCCAGAAAGCAGCAACUAAACACCAAAACACUUUGGAUACUAACUUGAUGGCUAAAACUUUUGCGUUUAGUGACGACACCAAUUUGCCAGAGACUCCAACAUCAGUUUCAAAUGAUCAUGAGAUUACUUAUAGCACUAAUAACAGUUAUGUGCUGCCUUGCCCUCUCUGCAAAACUCCGUUAGAGCAGGAACUAUUCCGACAGCAUUUGGAUGGUCACUAUCCCCGUGAUAGCCCUAUUUGUCCAGUUAUAGAAUGCGGUCGUCGGUUUGCCCAUCCGAAUUCCGUAAGGAAUCACAUGCGUAUUAAGCACACCCAACAAUGGGCUAAAAUGAAAGUAAUGCGUUCGUCUGCUGGACCAUUGCCUAGUGGACUGGAUUUAAAAAAAAAAUGUAUGGGAAUUUCGCAGGAACAUGCAACUGCUGCUACUUUGCAUGCAGCAAAAAUGGCGCAUUUAAAUGCAAUUGGUCAAAGCUUCGAGAAUAUGCCACCUACAUUGAUGCACCCACAUCUUGAUUUGUCUAAAGAUUCCAUUACAAAGGAUGCAUUUACGAACAAAGGGUGUCGACCAGCAGGGCUUCCUACUGAACCUAUUUUAAGGCAGCAACUUUCAAGCGGAACUUCGCUUGGAGAAAAUAUUCAAAUGCUUGCUGAAUCAAUGUCAAAGGAGCAAAAUCCAUCCGAUGUCUCUCCUUCCAUAAAUGAAUGCCAAUCAAAAGAAGGCCCACAAAAUUUAGAUAAUAAAAAUCAAACGUUAUAUAAGGAUGUAUGUAAUUUUGAGCAUGAAAAAAACAAUUUUGAAGGAAAAAUAUCACCAAAAGCAUAAAGAUAUUUUAAAUUUAGAGUUAAGCUGGAAGUACUACUAUUGAUAUAAGAAAUAUACAAGUAACCAUGCAGGUCACAUUCAAACAUCCGUAAACAAAGACAAGCCUUAAACAUGUAUACCAAUUAUUUUAUGCAAGUUUGUAUGUAUGCAAUAUUAUUGAGUUAAUAAAAUUUUAAUCAA